ACCGUUCGUUCUGCCGCUCGACUCAGACUCUUUCUGAGCGACAGACCGAAGGCGUGCUUAGGCUGCCAGAACUUCGCCAGCUCAUCAACGAAAUGACUGUUCUGACGCGGCCAUUCAUCCUCAUUCCUCUCGCCGUUUUUGGCGUCGGCCUCUUCGCUCUGGACGCCCUUCACCUCUAUCCAGCGUCCCUACACAAGACAGCGGUUUCAGCGUCCCUGCACAAACUCCUUCGGAGCGUAAGAAGCGGAGGCAAGACGAACAAUACCCCAGCAGCAGGAGAGCGGGAGGAGAGAGAGGACUUCGCUGAUCUUGAAGCGCUGGAGAGCAAGAUGGAUGUCCCGUUUUACGUAAGUAAGGGGGGGGAUUGCAUCGCUCCUCUCGUCGAAGCCUUUGUAAUUGCAGGUCUACGAGACUCCCGCGCUGAUGGAAAUGUACAACCGUUGCCAGGAGCCAGCAAGGGCAAUCCUCGAAGGGGCGUGGCCGGCCCAUGUGCCGUCUGCAAUCAAGAAGAAGAUAGGUAGGACUGAUCGCCGGUGCGCUUCACAUCAAUCUGUCGUGUGUGUGUGAUAACACAGGGGAGAUCUUCUGGCUGGAUCAGCUGUGGAACGACACGUGGCGCACAUUCGAUCCUGACCAGGCGCUCGUCUAUGUCCUCCCCAUCUAUCCAGGUGCAUGGGUGUUGGGCAGAGAAGCAAUUGAGGGGCCUCUUCAAUGCAUCUGUGUGUUGCAGCGCUUCUGUUCGAGGGGGCAUGCGAGGGUGUCAGUGGAAAGGAAACUCACGAACUGGCCACUCGCGCCGUUCAUGAGGUAAGCAAAUGGGCACACAUUUCGCGAAUAGUUUCCUCCUCGACUCUGUUGUCCCAUGAUUCAUUCAGAUCACGGCAAUGCCCUACUUUCAUCGGCAUGGCGGGUUGGAUCAUGUCGUCAUCGUAAGCAGGGAGGGGCAUGGAGAAGCUCGCUCGCACAACUUCUGCCGCGCUCUGCAGGGGACGGACUGGCGCCUUCGUGGAUCGCGCCAUGGAACUGUGAAGACGGUUUUUGGAUCGGCAUUUCAGGACUUCGUGGGGAACAUCACGUGGGGCCGAUUCAAGGCAUUUGAAGGUGAACGAGAAUGAAUCAAUUCGGUGUGCGCCAUAAACGGCCUAAUAUUUUUCAGGGAGGAAGCCGUGGCGAUGCAGUGUCACAGUGCCGUUCACGUGAGUGAAGAGAGGGGCAACUAAGCACACACAUGGCAUGGGUGGCUGAAUCGAUGGGCCUUUGUGUCUGUAUAGUUCUGCCAUGACCCACGUGCAGAAGGCCUACGAGCCCUUUACCAAGGAGAGCCUGCUGAAGCGCGGCUUCAUUGCCCCUGAAGACGUCUUCGAGGACGACCGUCUGGACACCGCAUUCGACCCGCUCUCGCGACGCGACUGGUUCGCGAGACACUACAACCUUUUCUUUCAGGGUGAGCGAGCAGUGGGGGGUGGAUUGACGCAUACAGCUCGUCCCUUUUCUUGCAUGUGGUCUCGUGUUGCGUGAUCCAUUGAUGGGUGCAGGGCAAGUGGACGCUCGCAAGGGAUAUCGCUACCGCCGUCUGGGAAUGCAGCACCUCGCUGGCUGGCGAUUCAGGCCCAACACAAGCUCCAACGUCCUGGUCUCCUCGUCCAAGCCCAUGACCUAUCAAGUGCUGGACGCAGACGGCAAGGAGCGAAGGGAGCCAAUUCCUUCCUGCCCGCGCAAAGACGGCAUCAAUAAGGAGGUCUUCAGCGGAAAGAUGGGCAAAUUUGAGCGGUGCAAUGGGCAGAUGGCUCCGGAGAAAGAAAAAGGGGCUGGUCAGCAGAGUGACAAGCGAACAGAUCGUGGCCGCUAUGCGGCGGCCACAUUUCUGCAUCGGCUGAGCAACUCGAAGCUGAAUCUCUGCUUUCGGGGCGAUGACCUUACAAGCAAUCGGUACACCGAUGGGCUGUGGGCGCGGACACUGAACGUGCUGGUCACCGAAAUAAAGGAAUUCUACAGGAGCGCGAUGCCUUUCCAAUGCGAGAUUCCGUGGAGGUGAGUGAGUGGGUAAGUGGGUGAGGAAGAAAGAUAGGAGAAAGAAAGCAGCCUUCAUGCACACUUAUCGAGUGCCAAUGCCUGUUGUGUAUGAAUGUAUCCGAACAGGAACUUCACGUAUGCAAUUGACGGCCCUGAGUUCGUUCGGUCCCCUCGCGAAUCCCUCACUCCCAUACUGCAAGAGGUCUACGAUGAUCCUGCGGCGGUGAGGGAGAGGCUUCGGCUCCAAGACUACUACAGCCGCAAGGCUCUUUGGAAUGCGCCUGGGAGCACCACGGCCAGAAGCACACUGCGCGCCAUGACACGGCAGUGUCUCACUGACGAGAUAAAGAUCGAUUUCAUACAGAGGACAAGCGGGAGCGGUGAGACAUACCAAAUGACGGACACGUGAAAUCAACAGAUACGAGUAGAACCGCGUGUACCCAUGUGUUCAGGCAUGGUGGGUGACAUUGGGGAGCAUCCGCUGUUCGCGCCGUGUGCGUUUCCAGACACGUUGGCCCGGCUGGAGGAGCAGAGGGCCCACGAUACAUAGUAUCAAUCGUGUUGGUUGUGUGGCGCAUGUGUUGAAUUAGACAGCGCGCCGCCGCGCGUUCGUGUGGAUGUAUUCUUCCUGUCCGAGAGCUAACGUCGGCGUAUGGAUGGAUGGACUAAUCCAGAGUCUAAGCCAGCCAGUAUGUGUAGCAUAUGUGAUGUGCAGUCGGUUUGUGUUUUGCUUUGUUUUUCAUGGCUGGAUUGCCAUCUGACAGUAAAAUGCAAGACAAAUUCAGUCAAAAAGUCCGCGUCA